CCCACAAGAGAGCCCAAGCCAGAACAAAUUACGAGUUCCCUUUGAUCAAUCCUCCUCCUCACGCGACAAAGAGCAUCGCCGGCGAUGGCGGCGGCAGAAGCGACCACAACGGCGACGACCAGCCGGUUCGCGGCGGCGUGCGGCGCGCUCAGCCAGUUCGUCAGGGCGGCCGAGGCCGAGAGGGAGCGCGGCGGCGCGUGGCAUCCCGCCGUGCCGGUGCGGCCACUCCCCCUCAUGCCGGGCGCCGACGUCGACGAAGAGCCCGAGGCUGGGCCCGCGCCCACGGCGCAGCUGACCAUUGUGUACGGGGGGCGGGCGCUGGUGCUUGACGACGUCCCAGAGGACAGGGCGGCAGACUUGCUGCGCCUCGCGGCGGCGGCGGCGGCGCGAGGAGUCACGGGGCAGCUCUCCUCGGCCGACGACCUGCCGGUGGCGAGGAAGGCGUCGCUGCAGCGGUUCAUGGAGAAGCGGAAAGGGAGGGCCGCCGCGCGCGCCGCGCCGUACCGCCGGCCCGGUGCCGCUGAGCGACAUGAUGGCCUCACGCUCGCGCUGUGAAUCUGGGCUGCUAGAUAGCUGGUAGCCUGUUAGUAGACUGUUUGGCUUGGUAGUAUUGCAAUCGUAUUUGUUAGGUUGUUGACUUGUAUAGAUACAGGGGACUGUUCUUGUCUGGUGAUUGUUGAAGCAAACAGAGCAAUGUAUAGAUGAAUGAUAUGGUUAUUGAACACUGAAUUCCGAUGGAAUUUCAAGAAUCUUGAACUGGAGAA